AUGAUUUUUUUUAUUGGAUUCUAGAAUUUGGAAGAUGAAUUUCAAAAGGGUGGUUAAGAUAAAAAAAGAUAUUGCUAAUGUUUAUAUCAGAAUCAUAAAUUACAGAAUAAAAUAAUAGAGGAGGAAGAGAGACUUUUAAAUUGUAGAUAAAAUAAUAAUAGAUUAAGUUUUUAAGGAGAUGUAAAACUUUUGAUGUUGUACUGCUACAUAUUACAUAUGAGAUAUGUGAAACAAUAAUAUAAUUAUAAUUGUAAUUUAUUUAGAGAACAGCUCAUGAAAAAUUAUGAAUCUUCCAGCUGUUCCCCUUUCAAAAGCUUUCCUACUCUCUAGUAAUAAAACGGCUUUAACAAUAAAUUCAAUAAAUAAGGCAACCCUUUUUAACAAAAAAUUGACGAAAAGUAUUUCAUUAAAUAAAAUAUACAACAUUAAGUACCAAACAAUUACUUUAACUUUCCCAAUGGAUUUCAGAAAAUACCAAGCAAUGAUCAUUAACCGUUUCGAGCCAAAUAAUUUAACAAUGUGAUCCAGAACAAGCCUAAUUAACCUCCUCAGAUUUCAAGAUAAUUUUAAGAUUAAAUAGAAGUAUAGAAAGAAAAGCACUUAGAAGAGUUCAAAAAAUUGAAAGAAGUUUUGAAGGUUAGGAACUCUUAAAGGUUAAAGAGAUAAUAGGAAAGGCUAAAUUCGGUACUAGCUAAUGAUUGCUAUUAAUGAAAAUAUUAUAAUUCUAUUAUACAAUGUAAUAAAAUAUUAUUUUUAAUUGUUAA